CAGUAUUUAUUAAUUAUUAUAAGUAGCAAUUUUGUUUUUGUGUUUUAGGUUUGCAGGUUCAGUGUAGCACUACGCCGCAACUCUCACCUUCUUAGCGAGUUCAUCUCUCUGUUUCGGCGAGCACUCGACAAUGGCGUACGCAGCUAUGAAGCCCACCAAACCCGGCUUGGAGGAGUCACAAGAUCAGAUCCACAAGAUCAGAAUCACCCUCUCCUCCAAGCACGUCAAAAAUCUCGAGAAGGUUUGCUCUGACUUGGUUCGUGGUGCCAAGGACAAGCGCCUCAGGGUGAAGGGACCCGUGAGGAUGCCCACUAAGGUUCUUCACAUCACUACUAGGAAAUCCCCUUGUGGUGAAGGAACCAACACCUGGGACAGAUUUGAGUUACGCGUGCACAAGAGGGUAAUCGACCUUUACAGUUCUCCAGAUGUUGUUAAGCAGAUUACCUCUAUCACAAUUGAGCCUGGUGUCGAGGUUGAGGUGACAAUUGCAGAUGCUUAAUCACAGGCUUGAACAUUAAAGAGAUUAAUUUUGUUGUGUUUGCUUAGUUAUUUUAUUUUUGUGAACUGAGUUGGUUUUGGACAUCGGUGAAUGCUUAAUAUGGUUUAGGGUUACAUACAUUGUUUUGUACUCGACUUGUAGUAAUCGAUACUGCUUUUUCAUGUCCAGCAAAUUCUUAAUCUUACAACGUUUACAGAAGUUCUUAUUCAAA